AUGGCAAAGUCAUUAAUUGGCAAGAUAACGUUGAUUUCUACUGUAAUUCAAGCUGUGGUGAUUACGGUUCUCGAGAGUCUUGUUGUCUACUAUCAUCUCACCUUUGUGUCACACUACACUUUGGAUAAUGUUGGCCAAGGGAUAUCGGAAUCGGACGUGAUUUAUCAUCUCAUAUUUCUCAUAUCACUUAUAUUUCAAAUAUUAUUGUGUGUAGAUGCAUUGGCAAAUCGUAAUUCAAUUCAACUAAUAGCGUUGGUGAUAUUCAAUCUGCUCACACUGUCAUAUGCUGGAGUACAACUUUACCAGCACAGGAUUCUUGAGGAUCAAGGAACCGAAAAUUCACCUUACAUCCCUUCAACCGAUUUCCCUACGUCGGAUUCAGCAAAAAAUUACUUUGAGUCAAAGAUGAGACCUCUGGAGUAUGUCAUCAUCGGAAUCGUUUCGUUUUUCUCAAUAUAUUUGUCAGCAUUGGUUUAUAAAUUAUAUAUAGAAUUUGGGUGGGAAAACUACUUAGCGUACUCAGCUGACAUCAAGGUCCGAGACGCAUUGAUAUCCCUCUCAAUCUUACAAACUCUCAUUAAAAUGGACAUGUUUGCCGUGGGCUCUUACGCCAUCCAGUUGAUUCCCUCUCAGAAAAUGGGAUAUUCUAAAUCGAUCUAUGAAACCGUUCUUAUAUUCUUUAUUGGCACCAUCUUGAUGUUAAUGGCUUGGUUUUCCGUCACGAGAGAAAUGAAAUAUCUUCUUUUGUCCGUGAUUAAUAUUUCAUGUCUGUCACUCAUCUACCUGGUUUACAGAUUGAUAAAAGUUAAUGUAUCCUAUUCGAAUAAUGCUUGGGAUCCAUAUAGAUUUACUCGUCGUUUCUUGACAUUCUUUUUGGCAACCACGCUUGUACUGAUGAUUGCAACGAUAUUCUAUGGGAUCAUUUGUUUUAGAAAUAUGGUGAAAGGUAUUUACGUGCUCACAGUGUAUGGUGCUAAAACUGUGACCUCGGAUGGUGGGAGGAGAGCUACCUUGAUCUUGCAGAACCAGUCGCGGCCCGAAAAAGAAGAAAUCGAUUAA